GGCGCGGUGACGUCACCUCGGAAGCCGUUGGUUUCCAUCCAGGGAUCAGCCUGCUGCUUUACUCCUGAAGAGUAAUCUGGGAAGUUCUCCCACUGUCGAAACCUCUUUUCUGUCACUUCAACAACAGUUGUUGCAAGUUUCUACAAUUUGUUUUAUUUGCCUAAACGUCGUAGCGACAUAAUGUGUACUUUCGUCCCGGGACAGCCGUUGACCGCUGUAGUGCAACGGAUUCAGAUCCAGAAGUUGCGGGACGGAGAUCAUCUGAUCCUGGGCUUCAGCAUCGGAGGAGGGAUAGACCAGGACCCUGGACAGAACCCCUUCUCUGAUGACAAAACUGACAAAGGCAUCUACGUGACAAGGAUAACACCUGGAGGACCGGCAGACGAGGCAGGCCUGAGGAUGGGAGACAAAAUAAUGCAGGUGAACGGCUGGGAUAUGACCAUGGUGACCCACGACAAGGCUCGUAAAAGACUAACCACGAAGAAGGAGGACGUGGUGCGGCUACUGGUGACCAGGAAGUCGUUGGAGGAAGCCGUCAAACAAUCUAAGGGAUGUUACCCCAGGCAGUAAUGUAGUGACACUACUUACAACCACAGACUAAUGCAAUAACCAAGGACCCAACACUGCAACACAUUCAGAUGAUGGUGUCACUGUGGCCUUUAUAACCAUGUCAGUGCAAAAAUAUUAAGCAGACCAGAUCCUUUAAUAUCUAGGUGACUUAUGCAGAUGCCCGAGGCUGCACAGGGCAGUCAAUGGACAAUUAGAGGGUGCCCUUUCUUUCCAUACACACUCCUACUCAUCUCAAAGUUAUUUGCUUUACUUUAUAUAUCUUUGUAGCAUAUUUUUUCUGAAAUAUGGAGCAAUCCAAAACUUUAUUCAGAUCUAGAGGGCUUAAAUACAUUUAAUCUGUUCUUGAGUUAAAAGAAGAAUUCACCGUGAGAGUAUGAUAAAGAGAAUUGAUUUUCAGUAAUAAAUCUUAAAGGGGAAAUAUCAUAAAAAACUCACGUUUUCAGUGCCUACCAACCCACAAACUGUGAAAUCAGACAACCCAGGCAGUUUUUUGUCAGCUGCCUGGAUCAGAAAACGUUCAGAUCCCCUUCUUAUGUCACAUGCAGGCUCAUUAGAAUAUAUCACCCACAGCUUGAGAACGACCUUUGCAAAGGUGCACCAUAUUUUUCUCUCAAGCCAAUCAGAGCAGACUGGGCUUUUUCUGG